GAUUCAUGAAGCUCGAAAUUUUAUUUUAUAGAAAAUUACUUAUUUGACACGUAUCAAAAAAUUUGUAAUUCUAAUUACGAUGACUUUUAUGAGUAGUAUUGGACUUAUUAUUUUGUUACAAUAUAUAUCAAUCAUAUGUGCUUAUCAGGAUGUGAUAUAUGUGAAAUCGAUAGUUUUCUGGAAUAAUUUAAGAACUAAAUUCGAAUCAGUAAAUGCAAAUUUCAAUGUAUAUUAUCAACCAGUAGAUGAUGAUUGGAGACAGAAGACGUUGCAACUGUUAAAUCUUUCUUCAAAUAAAUUGAAACUUAAUAAUGUCACAAAGUUUUCUAAUAACGAAAUAUUGUUGAAGUAUUUGAUUCCUAAUGACAUUUUUCGUACAUCAAAGCAUAAUUGUCUUUAUAAAUCAUUGUCUUAUAUUUUGUUUGGAAAUGAGAAUGAAUAUUAUUAUUUACAAAAAAAAAUUAUGGAUUAUUUAAAAACAAAUGAAUUUCCUGUUGAUUUUGUCGGUGGUCAAGAAAUGUUUAAGUUAUACUUAGAUCAACUUAUACAAAGAAACGAGUAUCAGGAAUCAGUUAUCAAGGGCAACAUUAACAAUGAAAAUACCUCGGAAAUCUGUAAUGGAAUGGUUGAAAUUAUGGGAGCUGCAUUUUACCUUAAUACGUGUAUUUUAGUAUAUUAUGAAAAGUACGAAGAUUGGAUUUUGUAUCAUCGUAGCUGGCCAAACUGUGAUAAUGUAAAUUGGGAAAACAAAAAAUGUAUUUAUCUCUUCGAUGAUGGCCCAAUUAGUGCUAUUAAUAGUAUUUCUGUACACGAAAAGCUUCUAACACACCCAAACGAUAAAAAAUGUAAUAAGUAUAGAAUAAUAGAGACAUUAUAGUAUGUUAAUUUAUUAAUCUCACAACUCGAUACUAAUUGAAAACCCUCAUAAUCCAAUUGUUGUGUUAACAUUAGUAUAAUACAAUUUUUUUCUUGGUAUAUUGUAUAUAUUUUUAAAUGUUAUGUUAAAGUUUUAAUUCAAAAUUAACUUUUAAUUUUAUGUUAAACAUAUUGUUUUAUUUAUGUACUUUUACCUAUUUUAAAUCAAUAUAAUAGCAAUAUCUGUUGGUUCUAGUUAUUAUCAGUGUUUCAAAUUAUAAAUUUAAAUAAUAUUCCAAUAAUAAAAUGCCUGUGAAUAAGUUUAUAUAACUUAAAUUAAACAUUCAUUUCACACGAGGUUUCACUGUCAGUUAAUAAUUUAUAUAGUUU